AUGGUGUGGUGUGGGAGGUGUGUGGAGGAGGAGUGUGGUGUGAGAGUGUGGGUGUGGGUGGGAGGGUGUAGUGUAGUAGGAUUGCAGCUGCUGUAUGCCAUCCAGUUUCCUCUUGCGGCAGCGCUGAGCAGCCAUCCUGUUCUUGCUGCGGCGGCGCACGUCGUGGACAAAGUCCUGCUGCUCUGGGGUGAGGUGCUGCUGCCUCAGGAGCUGCUGGAAGGCGCUGCGGCUCAGGCUAGAGAUGUGACCGCGGAGGGCUUCGAACCGCUGCUGCACUUUGCCUACACCUCCAAGCUCCUCUUCACCAAGGAGAACAUUCGUGCUGUCCACAGCUGUGCAGACUUCUUGGGCUUCCACAACUUGGAAACGUCCUGCUUCGACUUUCUCCUGCCCAAAUUCUAUGAGCCCAAGCAACCUCCUCUGCAGUGUUGCCAAAAAGUACUUUCUAAGAAAACCGCCGCUCUGAACCUCGAAAUCGCAAACAACCCACCAACGCCAUGCCAACCCUCUAGUUUGGAAAAUGAUCAACGCGAUUCUUCACAAGAGGGUUCUCAGAUGUCUGGCAAAGAAGAUCGGUUGUGCUUGGUGAACCGUGACACACCCCUUACUCUAGACUUGUCGGCAACCGGUUUAUGCCCAAUGCAAUGCAUUCAAUGCGCGGAUUCCAGCAAGGCCGACCACCCUGCUCAGUUCUGCGAUCGCGACACCAUGCCGGACAUGGGGAACGUUUGCAAUCAGAGCGAACUUGCCGAUUGCGGUCUUCCAAAAAUGAACGUUAGGGAGCUUCGUCAAGAUCAUAUUGAGACGGCAUCGGAAAGCAUCACAACCGAGUCGGUGGAGGUACUCGGAGGGGAAAGUGCCAACUGCGACCAGUGUCCUUUCAGACCGCAAACAGGGCAUGAAGCAGACCUAAGCAUAAGCACCUUCGAUCCUAGCUUGUCGGCAAACUUAUCCGAGACGUCAGUUGGUGACCUGAAUCAAGACGAGGGAUUCGAGGACAGGAGCAGUGUGGAGAGAGAAGUGGCAGAGCAUUUGGCGAAGGGGUUCUGGUCAGAGCUGUGUCCACAGCCGUACCCGCAGGAACCCACGGAGCAGGCCAAGGCGUCCAAAGCGGGGGACUUCCACUGGCUUAAGCAGCUGGACCUCACCUCCAGUAUGGGGGACUGUCCUUUCCUCAGAGACAUGGGCGAGGGGGAGGAGCCGGCCCUGAACGGCAGCCUGUCCCAGUCAGAGAGGAGCCAGGGGCCGUCCUCCGGAGAGGACUCGGACACGGACAUGGAUGCAGACGCAGACGCUGAGGCCAACAGGAGGAGGGCGGCUGAGAUCCAGCUGCCCUUCCCUGUUGAGCACAUCUCUAGCCUGAGCCGCAGCGCCUUCCAGCAGCUCCUGAGGCAGCAGCACCUCACCCCAGAGCAGCAGGACUUUGUCCACGACGUGCGCCGCCGCAGCAAGAACAGGAUGGCUGCUCAGCGCUGCCGCAAGAGGAAACUGGAUGGCAUACAGCAGCUGCAAUCUGACAUCAGAGCACUGAGGGGCGAGAGAGAGCGCCUCCUGCAGGAGAGGGUUCAGCUGGAGCAGAGCCUGAAGGACACCAGACACAACCUGAGCUCUCUGAACCACAUGCCUGUCCCCAGCCCUUCCCCCGUGUUCCCUCCAACCCCUCCGCUCGGCACGCCCAUGCAGAGCUGCCCCGCCCUGCCAGCAGAGCACCAGACACUCUACGAGAAGGGCCAUGAGGGCUCGUCUGCACCACAGGAAUGUCCCAUAUCGGUGUCCAUCUUCAACAGUUUGGACAUGGACUCUUUUUGA